CAAUCGUUUUUGUCAUUCUGUGCAAGUCGGACGUGUUGGGGCUGCUACUGCUGCUGUUUGCGAACGGUUUACCCUCCUCUACUCAUAGUCUGUGUCUGUGUGUGUGCUAUCUCUAGCUGGCUGUGUUAGUGUGUGUUGCGUUUUCUAAAUAAGUUUCCUUAAACAAAUUAAGUAGAAAAUCGCCAAGAUUUUCUCUUUACGACUAAAUUCUUUGGUGGCGUGAACAAAAAAGUGUAACAAAUAUUUAACAAAUCCAAGUAACGCGUGUGUUAUACUUGCAAGCAAAUAUAUAUUAUAUAUAUAUACAAUAGUUUUUAACAACCACCGCAACAACAACAAAUACAACAACAUGAGCUGGCAAGAUUAUGUCGAUAAUCAACUUUUGGCCUCGCAGUGCGUCAACAAGGCCUGCAUUGCCGGACACGAUGGCAACAUUUGGGCGCAGUCCAAUGGCUUUGAGGUUACAAAGGAGGAGCUGGCCAAAUUGAUUAGCGGAUUUGAUCAGCAGGACCUGCUUACCAGCAACGGCGUAACAUUAGCCGGUCAACGGUACAUUUACCUCUCAGGCACAGAUCGCGUAGUGCGCGCAAAACUUGGCAGAAGCGGUGUGCACUGCAUGAAGACGACACAAGCCGUCAUCGUUUCCAUCUACGAGGAUCCUGUACAGCCCCAGCAGGCCGCUUCCGUGGUGGAGAAACUUGGAGAUUAUCUGAUUACUUGCGGGUACUAGAAAAUAAAAUUUAAAAAACAAUAACAGCAACAACAACACAACACCAUCAAAAACAACAAACACACCAACAAAUUUGAUAAGAAAGCUUAAAUGAACUAAAAAUCUAAAAGCAAGAAAAAAGUAAUUAAUAAUAUUUAAAUUUAUUGAAAAAUGCCAAGAAACAUUUUGAGGUAAUUGUGGUCAAAAAUCAAGUAAAGAAAACGAUGUCAAAAAA